UAUACCGGCCGUAUUUCCUCGCUCACAAGCACUUUUAAUUACGAUCAAUUCAGUAUUCUACGCGGCAGAAGACUUUUAUCAAAGAUUCGUAGGCACCAAUUGCGUACAUCCCCUAUGACGCAUCAAAUAAGAAGCCAAUAUUAUGCAUAUGAUUUUUGCUCCAGUUAACGGAACCAUUCAACUUGGCUAAGCCUGAUUGACUGUGGCAGUCUCAAAGCCCAUAUUAACUCGCCAGGAAAUAAGAGACAAAACUUUGUAAUUACUGACUCCGGUUCGACGAACACCAACAGCCGUUUGUGUGUGAUCCAUGUGAGUCCGUUAUUGUUGUGUAGUGUUUUUAGUGGCUUGGUGGAUGCAGUAGAUGGUGAUCAAAGCCACCGGCCUCUUGAGCAACCACGACUUUUACCAUGCAUAAUUUGUUGAUAUGGUGAUUUAAAGAGCCGAUUUUCUCUUKUCAUUGUGUCUGAUGUAGUACGUAUGUAAAAUACAUGUACAAAAAUAUUAUAGACAGGAAAAAAUCUAUAUAUGAAGACAGAAUCCUUACAGAAAUUAUUGUAUUUUUGGAUGUGGAGUCUAAUCAAUCGGGCGCUUUGACUGAAAGCAAACGUUUAAAACAGUGUUCAUCACGAUAUGUAAUGKCUACAAUAUGAAUCGUACGACUACAUUGUCAUCGCCGACAGAAAAGGCUUUAUAUACAGCUAUUCUUGGUCUUAUUGCAGUAUUUUCGCUUCUUACCAAUACAUGUGUAGUACGGAUAAUAUGGAAGAACAAAAAACUUCAUGGCUUGUGCUAUUACAUUUUUAUUAGUCUGUGUGUUACACAUAUGUUGCUGUUAUUUGUCAAUAUUCCCUUCAUUAUCAAGACUGUUUUCUACCCGUUGUCUAGGGUUGGCCAUCAUGUUUGUCAGUUUCAAGCGUUCGCUUUGAGUUCGUGUAUGGUGGCUUCUAUAUGCGGUAUUGCUAUCAUUUGCUGUAUACGAUGGUUAGCCAUCACUAGACCAUAUCAUUAUAGAAACGUUUUAGUCAAGAAAUGGCUGAUUUUCCCAGUGGUUGGACUAGUCUGGCUAAAUGCCACUUUAUCCUCACUACCGCCCGUUCUUGGCUGGGGAAGUUACGGAUAUUACAACGAGAGGCACUUAUGUCUUCAUCGCUGGUCUCCGAUGGAUGCCAAUCUAAUGUCCUAUUUGAUUUUUUAUUGUUUAUGCGCCUUCUGUUUGCCUUUCUCAUGUACCGCUUAUUUUCAAUUUUCAAGUCUUAGAGUUGCCAGGAAACAAACAAAAAGACAAGACAAAAUGUUGACCAAGCGACGCAUCAAAAGAAACCCCCUCAAGGCCCUUACCGCCAGCCUUUGCGUGCUUGGAUUGUACCUGUUUCUAUGGUUACCUCAUGGAAUCUUAGUUUCUUGGUGGGAUAUCCUCCACCCAAGCAAGACACCACCACCAAACCUCGAAAAUAUCAGUAUGGUGAUAGCGAUGUGCUCUAGCUUUACCACCCCUUUGUGUUUCAUUAUGACCGACAGACUUCUCAAAAACAGUGUCAUAAACUCUAUCAGAUCAUUUCUUAUUAAAAGGAAUUUUCCUCAAGCAAUAGCAAACUGACUAAAUAUCGCUACAAAGAGUUGCUAUCGAUUGCUGUUUAACUAUGAUAACCAACAACGACGCAAAAUGAACAUCUUGAUAACACUUCUGCGUCAAGAGUAUUAUUCAUUAUGGAAAUAAACCAAGCAUAAUUACAAUAUUCAACUGCUUGGUGAAACAGACAUAGCAUCGCUUGAGAUAACUCACGUUUGUGAUUAUUGUGAGAAUUAUCUAUUAGUUAUCCUCACUGGGCGAGGAGGUCAUUAUAAAAAAAGCUAUUCAUUCAAAUUUGUAUUAAAAACAGCAAUUACGUCUUCACUACUUAGGGAUGAAAAAGAUGAAUAAAAAAUUCAUAGGCAGUAUUGUCAAUUAGCUGUUGAUUUAAAUGACGACUAGUUUCCAUUGCUGAAAAGCUGUUACCGACCCUUGCCUACCAAACAGCGCUGAGAUAAAAUAUUAAUUUUUCAUGUAAAUAUUGAUGGGAAAAAUGAUGGAUGUUUAGCUGUACAAUAUCAAUGAAUAUCGCAUCCUUUAGUAAUGGUUUUACUCCUUUUAUGCAAUAAAAAGACCCCCAAUUGACGCAGUCCAUACUCAUUUGUAAAGUAGCAGGUGUCUACUUUACUGUCGGAUUUCUCUAAAAAAACCUUUCUUCUUACUGUCUAUUUUCAUCAAUCUAUACUUGUAAAUGAAAUGAAAAGAAUAAAAAAACCUAAAGCGAUGAUAUUUCAUCAAGGCUUUCUAUUGCAAACGCUAUCUACCACUUGCUUUAAAUUCCAUUUUGUUUAAUUAGAAAUUUUCUGUGUGAAAACACGGUAUAUUUCAUGCAUUUAGAACCAAUCCCAAUCGGUUUUGAUUUGUAAUA